CUACGCUAACUGCCUGCUGUGGUUCAACAAUUCGAACCCCUGGCACACAGCCUGUCAGGAUUUCCGAGCGGCAGUUGACAGCCUGGAAUUCCCCGACGCUACCUAAUCAACCGUCAUGCAACCGUUGUGUCUCUUCCUGCAUGUCCGACGUCCCUGCCGCUUUCCCACAUCACGCCAUCCUCUCAGCGUUAAUUCUGCAAGACGCAGGGCCGACUUGACUCUCCCACGCCGGGCCCCAUUCUCUGGCUUUCGGGGCUUCCCAGGGUUUCCAACUGCUAACGAGACGCCCUGCACUUGGGUCGCGGCUGAUAGGCCACCUAACGGCGGAACUUUAAAGAAACUCCAGCGGAUAGCACCCCACCACACCAUUUCCAGAGAACCGGGUAACGACUUCCAAAUGGGCGAAAACGCGACGGAAGAGGCGCCGUUUCCUCUGACAGAGGUGGACAAAUGGGUGCUCUCGCAGACCGACGACGAAUUCACGUACCAUACCUGGGAUGAGCUGCGUCAACUCAUUCAAAACAACCAGCUCUCGAUGCUCAAAAGGAAGCCGUCCGAUCUUCGGCGGUACAUGCAGUGGACUGCCGACACAAAAGCGGAGUACGGCAGCAUAACUAACUUCCUGCUUGCCCACCGUCUGCCUCAAGCCUGGGGGCCGCCGCCCUUCAAGCCUGCCUCUGCCACGCCGUUCGCGGACCCGUCCGACUACCGCGUGCUGAUCAAUGACUGGCCGUACGGCUUCGCCCCGGGCAUCACGCACAUCGUCGUGUGGUCCCGCACCCCGAUCCCGACCGAUGACACGGUCGGCGACAUGACGCCCGAGGCCAGGAGGACGGUGGCCGACUUCGUAAAGCGGUAUUUUGUCGACAGUCUGGGGCCCGGCGGAGAGGACAAGGUGAUGUACUUCAAGAACUGGGUGGCGCUCCAGAGUGUGCGGACGGUUGACCAUAUCCACGUCCUGGUGAGGGAUGUCGAGCCUGCCGUGCUGCAGGAGUGGACCAAAGAGCAUGCGUGCCAUAGAUCGCAGUAGAGGAAGGGUUUGGCGUCGUAAGAAGCGA